GCUCUGCUGACUUGAUCUUUGUCUGGGACUGGAAGCUGUUCCACUGAAGCGGCUUUCUUAUUCAUUUUAACUGUGAUUGUUUCUUUACCUAAAGAAGCUUUGGUUUUGAGGCUUGAAAGAGGUCUCUAGAUGGAGGAUUACAUUAUGAAUUUGCUGGUUUGGGCAGUUAUUUCAUGGACAUCAGCUUUCAUCCUGAUCAGAAAAAUCUUCCCAAAUCGCUCAUUCAGUUUCUGCAACCGCAUUGUUUCUACAAUCCAUGCUUCCUUGGCUGUCACUUUGAGUUCUCUCACUGUUGAGGACUGGCGGUGCCCCGUUUGUCCUUUGGCUUCUAUGUCUUCUCCUCCACAGAUGAAAACUUUGACAAUUACUCUAGGUUACCUCAUCUAUGAUCUCAUAUGCUGCGUGUUUGAUGACCAUGUGAACAUAGACAAUACAGUUCAUCAUCUGGUCAGCAUUCUUGGAAUUGGGGCUGGCCUUGUCUAUAAAAGGUGUGGAUCAGAGAUGGUUGCAGCACUUUGGAUUACAGAGAUCUCCAGCCCUGUUCUCCACAUGAGAGAACUUCUCAAAGAAAUUGGUUACAGAGACACCGACCUUAAUUUAGCUGCUGAUAUUUUGUUUGCAGUAAUCUUCACAUUUGCAAGAAUGGUAGGCGGACCUUACCUCACUUAUGUGACUCUGUCUGCUGACAAUCCUCUACUCAUCAAGGCCAUGGCACUAGGAUUGCAAUUAGUGAGUGCUUUCUGGUUCUACAAGAUAGCAAGGAUGGUGAAGAACAAACUGACUAAGAGGAGUACAUCUAAAAAGUCGACCUGAAGCACGAGAGCCAAUGUAGGUUUGUUUGAUAUUUGAGGGAAGUAAAAGAAAAUAACUGAUUCCAUGUUGUUGAUAUAGACCCAAAAGUUUCUCCAUUUCUCUCUAAGAAUUGGAACUUUGACAUCUGAGAAGAUACUCAAAACUCAGAAGGGAAAUGUAGCAAAAAGGAAA